UAAUUAUAUUAGAUUUCCAGACAACCAAACAAACAAUUGUUUUUCCGAAGAAAAAGACACACGAUUCUCAAUCACAAUCAUACUGCAAGUCUAGUAGUAAAUAGUAAUGGGACAAGGCCAAGAAAUCAAGACCAGAACUGAACCCCACCUUGAAAUUCAGGAGAGAGGGGAAAUAUUCUUCUUCUACAGGCCAAAAGUUGACAAAGAAGAAGCUCACGGCGCAGAGGAUGUGCAACGCCUUUACAUAGUUCUUCGCCCAGAGUCAGGUGAAAGGCCAGUUGAAGACAAGCAAGACCCUCACUCUGGCAAGGAAGGUUCCAUCAACACCAAAUCCAACAAUUCCGAUCAAAAUGGCUCCGGAAAGUCAACUGCAAUUGCGGCUGAAGGUGGUCAUGGCAAGCAGCAAGUGAAGAUUGAGAAGCAACCCUUGCUAAGGUUAAUAGUAAUGGGUCGAAAAAGCCUUCCUGAUCCACGCAAGAGAAGUCGACCUUACUGGGGUUUCGUUGAGAUGGUCACCACUGAUGUACAUCAUGUCAAGACUGCUCUUAAAGGAGAGGAAUAUGAUACAUCAACCAGAGGGCACAGGCACAACUCUCCGGCAAGAGCACUUGGAGAAGGCAUUUACCGCAUCUUGAGGCACAAUCCAGUCAAGAGAAUGCACACCCACUUGAUCUACAAGCUUGAAUUCCCACCAGAAGAUGAGAAGAAUGAGCCCCAGGAGUGUCUCAAUAUCGAACGCCAGGCCUCUUUUCUUAUACAGAUAAAGAACCCGGAUCAGCAUGCCAUAAGUGCUGGUUCCGCUGCCUCCUCCAGAGGGCUUCAGAACAAGCGCAAGGCCAUGUUUCCUGCCCACCUGCAGGGUCAGUUCGGCCAAUCCAGAUAUGCCCCCGCUGACCCCCCCGAUUUCUUGAACUAUGAAGGCUGUGAGUUCUUGCUUAUUUCGGCUUCCGAUGACAUCGAAGACGAGUUGGGUUUGGACUUGAAGACAGAACAAGCACAAACAGGGGAGUCAAAUGAGUCUUGUUCUGAUUUGGUGAAGACUUUUGGUGAGACUGCUUCCACCAAAGCUCUUUUCCAAGGCACUUGGGUUUGACUUUUCACCAAAAAGGACACCUGGCCUUUUUUCUUGUUUUAAUUUGCAUAAUAAGAAAGUUUUGGUUAUGUGUAUGUGUUAGUUUAGCUAGUUACUGCUGUAGUUUACUUUCUUGUGUGGUAUGUUGUUCAAGUAUGCCUUUUUCUGUGUGUAAAAUAUCAACUCUCUGUAUAUUGUCAAAGGCGUUUUCAA